AUGUAUAUUGAAGAUAUUAUUAUUGAUGGAUUUAAAUCAUAUGCAAAUAGAACAGUUAUAGAAGGUUUUGAUCCAACGUUUAAUGCAAUUACUGGUUUAAAUGGUAGUGGUAAAAGUAAUAUUUUAGAUAGUAUUUGUUUUGUACUUGGUAUUUCAAAUUUAUCACAAGUUAGAGUUGAUUCACUUCAAGAGUUGGUUUAUAAAAAAGGUCAAGCUGGUAUAACCAAAGCAAGUGUUACCAUCACUUUUAAUAAUUCUGAUAAAAAACAAUCACCAGCUGGUUAUGAACAUUUAGAUAAAAUAACUGUAACAAGACAAGUUGCAAUUGGUGGUCGUAAUAAAUAUUUAAUUAAUGGUCAUAAUGCACAAUUAUCAAGAGUACAAGAUUUAUUUCAUUCAGUACAAUUAAAUGUAAAUAAUCCACAUUUUUUAAUUAUGCAAGGUCGUAUUACAAAAGUAUUGAAUAUGAAACCACCAGAGAUUUUAGCAAUGAUAGAAGAAGCGGCAGGUACUAGAAUGUUUGAAAUGAAAAAGAAUUCAGCAUUGAAUACAAUUGAAAAGAAACAAAAGAAAGUUGAUGAAAUCACUAAAGUAUUAGCGGAGGAGAUUACACCGACAUUGGAUAAACUCAGAGGUGAACGUACAAGUUAUAUGAAAUUUACAAAUAAUCAAACUUUAAUCGACCGUCUUCAACGUUUUAUCAUUGCCUAUGAAUAUUAUACAUAUGAAAAGAAAUUAGAAUCAUCAGAGUUUGAAUCAUUUAAAGCAGAGAUUGAUAAGGGACAAAAGAGAAAGAAAGAUUUAACAUUGAAAUCAACCGAUUUGAAGGCUAAGAUUAGUGAAUUGGCAAAACAAAGAGAGAAAGAGACCAAUCUAGAGGAAAUGGACCAACAGGAACAAAAACUUUCAAAAGAGUUGGUUAAAUAUCAAACUUCACAUAAACAUCAAAAGGAAUCAUUGGAUAAGGAAGAGGGUGCAAUCAAUAAUUUAGCCAAUACUCGUGAGGAGAUUAAACAAUCGAUUCAACAAAAACAAAAAGAAAAACAAUCAAUGGAGAAGAAAAUCCAAUCAAUCGUUGAAGAGAAUCAACAAAUCAAUGCAGAAUUAAAAACUUUACAAAAUAAACACAAUACAAUGACCACAGGUAUUUCAACGGGUGCCGAUGGUAGUUCAGCUGCAGAGGAUGGUUCAUACACUGAACAAUUGAUGGAAGCUAAAAAAACUGCAGUAAAUGCUGCAUCUGAAUAUAAACAAGCGGAAUUUCGUGUUAAACAUUUACAAAGUGAAUUAAUUGCAAAACGAAAAGCAAUAACACAAGAACAAACAGAUCAUAAGAAAUUACAAGCAGAGCAAGAGCUAGUAGAGAGAGAAAUCCAACAAUUAACACGUUCAAUUCAAGAGCUUCAAUUGGAUAAUAGUAAACAACAAGAAUUAACUGAGAAAAAGCGUCAAUUGGAACCAUUGGUAUCGAAAUUACGUGAAGAGGUUGGUAAUGCCUCUGCACAAUUGAGUGGUUUAGAAUUCAACUAUACCGAUCCUUCAAAAUCAUUCGAUAGAAGUAAGGUUAAAGGUAUCGUUGCAAAUUUAAUCACACUUAAAGAUGUUGAAACUGCAACUGCUUUGGAAAUUUGUGCAAGUGGUAAACUUUAUAAUAUUGUAAUCGAAGAUGAUGAAACUGGUAAAGCGUUACUCUCAAAGGGUCAAUUGAAGAGAAGGGUAACACUUCUCCCAUUGAAUAAAGUCGAGGGUCGUUCUAUUGAUCCACAAAAGAUUAAGAAUGCACAAAAGAUUGCACCAAAUGGUGCAGUUAAACCAGCUAUUGAGUUUGUUGAGUACGAUAAAGAAUUGCAACCUGCAAUGAACUUUGUAUUUGGUUCAACAUUUAUUGCAACCGAUAAAAAGUAUGCUCAAAAAGCGGCAUUUGAUUCAUCGAUUAAGGUUAGAACCAUCUCUUUGGAAGGUGAUGAAUAUAAUCCUGCAGGUUCUUUAACUGGUGGUAGUAGACCACCCUCUGGUUCAAUUCUAACACAAAUUCAACGUUUAAAUGAAAAUAAUCGUUGUCUUAGAGAGAAUCAAUCCCAAUUGGAACAUAUUAACUUUGAGUUGGUUCAACUUAAAUCUGUAACUGAUAGAUUCAAACAAUUGGAACAACAACUCAAUAUUAAACAACAUGCAGCAUCAUUGAUUGCCCAACGUUUCCAAUUGAAUCCACAUCAUCAAUUAUUGGAAUCAAUUAAAGAGAUGGAGAAAUCCAUUGAAUCCGAUACUCAAUUAAUCACCAACUCAAUGAUUAAAGAAAAAGAGGCAUUGGAAAAAGUUAAACAAUUAGAGAGUCAAGUUAACGAUUUUCAAUCGAUUAGAGAGAGUCAAUUGAAAGAUCUUGAAAAGAAAAUUCAAAUCACUAAAGAGAAAUGUAUAAAAUCAAAUAAAAUCGUAAAAGGUGAACAAGUAUUCAUUGAGAAAUUAGAUUUGGAAAUUCAAGAGAUGGAUAAUGAAUUGGAGAAUCUCUCAAAGGAGACUCAAGGCAAUCAAGGUACCAUUUCAAAGAUGAGAAAAGAUGUUGAUACAUUGGCACGUUCAAUAUCGGAAACCAAUAAACAAAUUCAAGACAUUAGAGAAACCCUCUCUGAAAUUAGAAAAGAUAUGGCACAAAAGAAUGAUGCAAUUCGUUCACUACAUCAAGAAUUGGAGAAAAUUCAAUCAGAAAUCACUGAAAUCGAUAUGUCAACAGAGAAACUCAAGAGUAGAAUGAAUCGUGUAGAUAAAGAUCGUCAAGAGGCUUCGAAAUGGUUAGAAGCUGCAAUUAAAAAGCAUACUUGGAUAAAGAAUGAGAAACAACUAUUCAAUAGACCUGGUAGUGAUUUCGAUUUCAAUGCUACAGAUCCAUCCAAAGCAAACUCUGAAUAUAUUAAACUUCAAGAGGAACAAGAGAAACUUUCCAAAACUAUCAAUAGAAAGGUAAUGAGUAUGUUUGAAAAAGCCGAACAAGAAUAUCAAGAAUUGAUGGAAAAAAAGAAAAUCAUUGAAAAUGAUAAGAGUAAAAUUGAACAUGUAAUUAGAGAAUUGGAUGAGAAAAAGAAUGAAUCACUUCGUACCACUUGGAAAAAGGUAAAUAAAGAUUUCGGCUCAAUAUUUUCAACUCUCUUACCUGGUACCUCUGCAAAAUUGGAGCCACCAGAAGGUCAAAAUGAAUUAUUUGGUCUUGAAGUUAAAGUUGCAUUUGGUGACGUUUGGAAAGAAACCCUCUCAGAGUUAAGUGGUGGUCAAAAAUCUUUAUUAGCACUCUCUUUAAUUCUCUCAUUAUUACUCUUUAAACCUGCUCCAAUGUAUAUUCUAGAUGAAAUCGAUGCUGCUCUCGAUCUUUCACAUACUCAAAAUAUCGGUAUGAUGUUAAAACAACAUUUCACAAGUUCUCAAUUCAUCGUUGUAUCUCUUAAAGAAGGUAUGUUUACAAAUGCAAAUGUUUUAUUUGAAACUAAAUUUAUUGAUGGUGUUUCGAAAGUUCAUAGAACUGUUUUCAAUAAAAAAGAUAAACAAGUUGGUAAAAAGAAAUAA